CGGCCCUGGGGAAGUCCAGCCUGGCGGAUGUAUAAAUAGGCACCUUGCAGCUCCCUGCCCUAACCCAUUCCUUUCUCCCUCCGAAAUGGACAAGUCCCUCCUGCUGGGGCUCCCCAUCCUGCUCUGCAGCUUCAGAGUGCAGUCCACCGCCUACCUGUUGAUCAACAUAUUUUGUCUGCUUCGGUCCCCCUACUCUCCGGUCCCCACUAUAGAAAUUAUCCAGUGUAGGAUGUGCCACUUCCAGUUUCCAAGGGAGAGCUGCUUCAAAGGCCGAGGAAUAUGCACUGCGACAAUGGAAGAGUCUUGCAUAACUGGGAAGAUUUUCAAAAAUGACGGUUUUCCCUGGAUGACCUUCAUGGGCUGCCUGAAGAACUGCGCGAACGUGUACCACUUGCGAUGGGGAGCCUACCUGGUGAAUUUCAGGUGCUGCCGGAGCCACGACCUGUGUAAUGAGCCCGUGGCCACCGUUGCCCCGACCCUGCCCCCAAUCCAAAUAUGGUAA